AAAACGAUGUCUGCAAAUCGAUAAAAUUUGACUGUACAUAUUCUUUGACAUUUGAUAAAUAGAGAAACGAACCAACUAUUAUUUGUUUGUUAGUCGCCGUCGCCGUUUCGUUGCAACAGAAAUUAAUUGAACUAUGAGUAACGGACAAAAUUCAGAAGCGCACUUGAACGAUUACAAGAUUCGUCUCAAGAAACGAAAGAUAACGGACAACGACGAGUACGUCAACUCCCCCAAACCGCAAACAAACACUACUCCGACAGUUAGUCAACUUCAGCAACAACAACAGCCACCACCACUACCACCACAAUCGAUGUUGGCAAAUUCGUAUCACAAUUAUUCAAUGUUGAAUACUUACGUGCCUCCUACACAACCUGUCUUGUACUAUGCGGCGGGUCAAGUCCCAGACACGAGUCUCACCCAGAAGAUUUGCACAGCUCUGAUAGCUACAAAGGAAAAGCCAAAAAACUACGACAAGAAUUUAUUCAGAGACACGAACCCUGACGCGGAUGAUGCAAGUUUGCCGUCAGAAUUGACUGCAAUGUUUCAACCGUUAUUUUGCAGAUUGUGUUCGGCCCAUCUCAGUUCCAACGUUAUGGCGAAGAUGCAUUACAAAUCGAAAAAUCACGAGAAGAAAAUUCGAAAGUUUCUGAUCGAUUAUUCCGACAAGACCGGAGAGCCGUUACACAAAAGGGCCAAACUGGGACACAAAAGCAAAGAUCCUGAUCAAAUGUUUGACAACGAUCCUAGAUACUUUCACUGUGACGUGUGCGAUCUGGAUCUGACCGGCAAACUGCAUGCAGAGUCUCAUUAUAUGGGUAAAAACCACCUAAUGGCGGUGAGUGGACACAGGACUCCGGCGGGAAAAGGUUACUACAACGAGGAGGGUAAAUGGGUCCGUAUCAAGGUGGAAAAGAAAGGAGAACAUGAAGGUGGCAGUGGUGAUGGAUUCGGAGUGGAGUUUCGAAAAGCGGAUGCGGAUAAGGAAACGACGACGGAGCAGCCCCUGUCGCCCUCCAAGUCGAAGACAGGUGCCGCCCAGAAACCAGGUUUGCAAAGCAAAUUCCACUGCGACUUUUGUAACGUGGGUGCGACCUGUUUGCAACAAUUGGAGAUGCAUCUACGAGGGCAGAAACAUCUCAAGAAGUUGAAACAGUUGGGCAUCAACGUGGCGGCAGAUGCGGGAGGAGCAGCAGAGGGACUGUCAGAGGCGACUGCCAGCUGCAGCAACAGCACUCUCCUUCAAAUUGGUGGCGGCGGCAACGACAUUUUGGCGGCGUACCGAACUCCAACCGGACAUUAUUACUGCCAAAAUUGUGAUUUGACUUUGAACUCGGAGAUGCAUUUCAAGUUGCACCUGAACGGCAAAGGACAUCACAAAAAGAUUCAGCAGAAGUGAACUAAGUCUUUUUUUACAAUUUCGUUUCGAAUAAUUAAUUUAAUAAUUAUGUUAUUGUUAUUACCAUUAUCAUUAUCAUGUAUUCGAUAAAUGAUGAUGACGAUGAUAAAAUCGGAAUACGUAUGGUUUUGUAAAGAGAACUCUGUGCAAUAUGAUUGAUUGAUUGAUUGAUUGAAAUAAAAACGAAGCCACCGGCAAGGUGAAACGAUACAAACUUA